AUGGCCGUUGGGAAGAACAAGAGGAUUUCCAAGUCCAAGAAAGGAGGAAAGAAGAAAGCGGCUGAUCCGUUUGCCAAGAAGGAUUGGUAUGAUAUCAAGGCCCCUUCGUUGUUCCAGAACAAGAAUGUGGGUAAAACCCUCGUCUCCCGUACUCAGGGAACCAAGAUUGCUUCAGAAGGACUCAAACAUAGAGUCUUUGAGGUAUCGCUUGCUGACCUUCAGGGUGAUGAGGAACAUGCUUACAGAAAGAUGCGAUUGAGAGCUGAAGAUGUCCAAGGGAGGAAUGUUCUUACAAAUUUCUGGGGAAUGAACUUCACAACCGACAAGUUGAGGUCAUUGGUGAGGAAAUGGCAAACUUUAAUUGAAGCUCAUGUGGAUGUGAAGACCACAGACAACUACACUCUCCGGUUGUUCUGCAUUGGCUUCACCAAGAGACGUCCAAAUCAGGUCAAGAGGACCUGUUAUGCACAAUCUAGCCAGAUUAGACAGAUCCGCCGUAAGAUGAGGGAGAUCAUGGUCGCCCAGGCGACAUCUAGUGAUCUAAAGGACUUGGUUCGCAAGUUCAUUGCUGAGAGUAUCGGUAAAGAGAUUGAGAAGGCAACCAUGAGCAUCUAUCCAUUGCAAAAUGUCUUCAUCAGGAAAGUCAAGAUCUUGAAAGCACCAAAGUUUGAUCUUACCAAGCUAAUGGAGGUCCAUGGUGGUAAUGAAGAUGUUGGUCAGAAGGUUGAAAGACCUGCUGAAGAAGCAGUGACUGAGCCCCCACCAGAAAUCGUUGGAGCUUAA